GGGCGGUGCGCGCCGGGUACGCGCGCCGGCGACCAUGGCGUUCGCCGGGCUGGAGCGAGUACAUUAACCCCGGGAGGCGGCGGCGGCGGCGACGAGGGAGCGAGCCUCGAGCGGGCGGGCCCAGCCUGAGGGAAGGGAGGAAGGGGCGGGGAGAGCGCCGGAGGGAGGCCGGUCGGCCGCGGGCGGGCGGGCUUGCAGCGCAGCGCCGAGCGGGGCCCGCGGGCCCAUGAGGAGGCCCGGGGACCAUGGGCUCCAGGAUCAAGCAGAACCCAGAGACCACGUUUGAAGUCUAUGUUGAAGUGGCCUAUCCGAGGACGGGUGGCACUCUUUCAGAUCCUGAGGUGCAGAGGCAAUUCCCGGAGGACUACAGUGACCAGGAAGUUCUACAGACUUUGACCAAGUUUUGUUUCCCCUUCUAUGUGGACAGCCUCACAGUGAGCCAAGUUGGCCAGAACUUCACGUUCGUGCUCACUGACAUUGACAGCAAACAGAGAUUCGGGUUCUGCCGCUUAUCUUCAGGAGCGAAGAGCUGCUUCUGUAUCUUAAGCUAUCUUCCCUGGUUCGAAGUAUUUUAUAAGCUGCUUAACAUCUUGGCGGAUUAUACAACAAAAGGCCAGGAGAAUCAGUGGAAUGAGCUUCUUGAAACUCUGCACAAACUUCCCAUUCCCGACCCAGGAGUGUCUGUUCAUCUCAGCGUGCAUUCUUAUUUUACUGUGCCUGACACUAGAGAACUUCCCAGCAUACCUGAGAAUAGAAAUCUGACAGAAUAUUUUGUAGCCGUGGAUGUAAACAACAUGUUACAUCUGUAUGCCAGUAUGCUGUAUGAACGCCGGAUUCUCAUCGUCUGCAGCAAACUCAGCACUCUGACCGCCUGCAUCCACGGGGCCGCCGCCAUGCUGUACCCCAUGUUCUGGCAACACGUGUAUAUCCCCGUCCUGCCUCCGCACCUGUUGGACUACUGCUGUGCUCCCAUGCCCUACCUCAUAGGAAUCCAUUUAAGUUUAAUGGAGAAAGUCAGAAACAUGGCCCUAGAUGAUGUCGUGAUCCUCAACGUGGACACCAACACCCUGGAAACUCCCUUUGAUGACCUUCAGAGCCUCCCAAAUGAUGUGAUCUCUUCCCUGAAGAACCGGCUAAAGAAGGUGUCCACAACUACUGGCGAUGGCGUGGCCAGGGCCUUCCUCAAGGCCCAGGCGGCUUUCUUCGGCAGCUACCGAAAUGCUCUGAAAAUUGAGCCGGAGGAGCCAAUCACCUUCUGUGAGGAAGCCUUCGUGUCCCACUAUCGCUCGGGAGCCAUGAGGCAGUUCCUGCAGAACGCCACCCAGCUGCAGCUCUUCAAGCAGUUUAUAGAUGGGAGACUGGACCUUCUCAAUUCCGGCGAAGGUUUCAGUGACGUUUUUGAAGAGGAGAUCAGCAUGGGCGAGUAUGCUGGCAGCGAUAAACUCUACCAUCAGUGGCUCUCCACAGUCCGGAAAGGAAGCGGAGCAAUUCUGAAUACCGUGAAAACGAAAGCGAACCCGGCCAUGAAGACGGUCUAUAAAUUUGCAAAAGAUCAUGCAAAAAUGGGAAUAAAAGAGGUGAAAAACCGCUUGAAGCAAAAGGACAUCGCCGAGAACGGCUGUGCCCCCACUGCGGAAGAGCAGCUGCCGAAGACCGUGCCGUCCCCGCUGGUGGAGGCCAAGGACACGAAGCUCCGAGAAGACCGGAGGCCAAUCACAGUCCACUUCGGACAGCCACAAAGACUCCGUCCCACCCGCCCGCCGCCGCCCAAGAUACAGCGCUCGAGGCCCGUACGCCCGCCCCGUCCGCACGUCGUGAAGAGACCGAAAAGCAACAUCACAGUGGAAGGCCGGAGGACUUCUAUCUCAAGCCCUGAGCACUCCAGCUGGCAAGACCAAGUUCUUGAAACACAGGAAGCAUCCAGCGGAAAAUAUUUUAAUAAAACAGACUCCUCAUAAAAUAUUGUUCUGCGGGGGAAAGAAACCAGCUCCACCAAUCUGUCAGCAUUGUGCUGGGAGACACGAGAAGACAAGCCGGCAGGCAGGAGCCAGAUCCUAAUGGGCCUUUGUUGCGGGUGGUUCCGUGUGGGGCACAUGGACUCCGUGCCUGGCCCUUUAAUCUGGCCUGGAUUUUCUGGACUCACGGAUCUUUGUCUCCACUGGGAAUAUCAAAGUACACGGCAACUUAGAGGGUUUGGCCCGCAGAGAGAGAUACGGGAUCUUUGAAGUGGCGAGAAGGGUUCAGUCGUCCCGACUUCUCGCCCCAACUCUCACUUCCAAACAGCACAUUAAAUAAUUAACUUUGUGGACAGCAAGACGGAGCUGAUUAACAAUAAGACGGUCUCCCUGGCCUCCCGCAGCAGCUCAGCGUCUGGAAUUCAUCAAGGCCCGGUAGCGCCAACUGCCAGCUCUGCGGCCGGGCCCUCCGUUGGAUCCAGUUUUUUCCUUCCAGAUGAUGUCCAUCUGUCCAUUCACGCAUCCGUUCACUCAGCAGAGAGCUUCGCAAACCGACCAGGUGUGAGCGCGUUGGGAUAUUUAAAACAAGGCCUUUAAAGACAAUGCCCUCGCUGACUCUUUUGUGACUCGUGUUUUCCCGAAACAAAAUUUCUCGUAUGUCAGGUGUCCUUUCCUCAUCAAAGGUGGGUGUCCUCGCCCCUUUAAAGCCAUCCGAUAACAACAGAAGAACGCUUCCGAAAGAUUUCAGGGGAAAACAUUCCCUCUGUUUUUCAGCUAAUACUUGUUAAUUAAUAUUCAGUGACUAUUUCUCCUCAAGAAGUACUAGCUACUUGCAUUAUUAUUCAGGACGGGCUGAUGGAAGGCCCUGAGGGUUCCCUAGGGUGAGAGCUUGGGCUAGGAGGGGUCAGGCAGCACGGGCUGUGGGUCAGAGGCCGCCCAACAGCAAGUGCAGUCGAGCACCUCUUGUGUUCUAGGCCCUCUUCGACUGGUGUUUGUUUCUUCUUGCACCGAAGGGGAACUCAGCAAAUAUAUGUGCUCCGUGUUCCCGGGUCACCCGGCUAGAAGGUGGCAGAGCGAGGACUCCAGAUGCUGCUUGAUUCAUUUUCUCAGCUACACUCUGCUGCCCGCGGGGGUCCCUUGUCAGUUUGGCUUUGCCUAGAGAGACGGUUCUGGGUCCUGUGUCCUAAGAUGACUUUCCCCACAUGCCUCUCUUCUCUGAUUCCUCAAAAUCAGGAAUUGGAGCUGUUCUGUCCACCAGUGUUCCCUGGUGCCUGAGUGUUUCUACCGGGAGAAGGAAAGACAAGCAACACUGACUGAACAUCCUUGGGACUGUGAAGGGGAGGUGGUGGCUUUCCCAUCUAACAGGGAAACUGAGGCUUAGUGGGGGACUUUCUAGUAGAACUAGCGCAGGGUCUGCAGGCUAGAAACUGGUAGCAUCAGCUGACACAGACCUCACCCCUUCCUCUCUACCAUCCAGCCUUUUUGUCGAGAACCUAAGUAGGACCAGGAGCUACUCUGAGUGAUGGGGACAGUGGUGGCUGCAGGGGGCGCGAUGUGGUUCCCGUCUCCCUCCCGCGAACGGUCGUUUCAGCCGCAGUGUGCGUGGCUGUCAGGCCCCAGCUUACAUUCCCCUCAGGACUGCCCAGCCGUCAGGAUCACGCCCAGCAUGCAGAGGAGGCCAAAGGUAGGGAGUCACCUGCUGGUCCCCAGGCGCCCCUCUCUGCCAGGCUGCCUGUCAUUUGUUCCCCACAGCAGGGGUCAGGCAGUACCCCUCUCAGAGUCCAGGAGGGUGCACAGGGAUGUGGUCAGCCUCCACCUUGUUUAACCUCAGCAGCCCAGAAGGGGGCAGCUCGCUGUCUUCUGAGCCUUAAUGGCCAAGAGGCUGACAGUCAGGGUAGCUCAGAGACGCACCCGGGGCAGACCAGCUGCACAGCCUAGACUCGUGACCACACACCUCUGUCUCCCCUCCGGCGGGUGGGCCCCACAGCACCUUCACGGGGGUCCUGUCUGCGGGCUGGUUAUUUGAAGUUUCGUUGUACUGAGUAGGAGUGGUCCAGAGUCAGGCGCCGAGGGCCCACCAGCCACCUUCCGGCUCACCUGGCUGACCGGAUUUGUACAAAAUCUGCUCUUUUCAAACAAUUUCUGUUUGUCUGUAAAAAUAACCCGAUAACCUUAGAAUCCAGGAGUUUGAGAAAAGAGACAAGUUCGUUCUGAACCUCACUCCUUGUUAGCAAUUCUGCAGCUUCCCCUCCGGGGUUUGUCCUGUAGAUCAUUUGCAGAGCCGCAGUCUCCUUGCUGUACUCCAGCCACUGGACUCGCCCCGUGUCCUUGUAACCCCCGCUGCUCACAGCUGUGGCAGGAUCCCGCUUGGUGUGCGGGCGUGGUCCGCAUCACUACACCCCUCAUACUGGUCUGUAGAUUGUUCUAGGGGUUCAUGAACAUGAAACACCAAAAUAAAUACCCUUGCUCUUAAAGCUUUUCUCAUUUGAUACCACUAGGGCAUGGGACGAUUAACAGCUACCAUUAGCCAAGAACUGCCGGCUAAGCAUCUUGCGUACGCCAUUUCAUCUAAUCCUCCCAAGAAAUCCGGAGGAGUAGGUAUCGUUAGCUCGAUUUUAUAGGAGUAGCUGCGACCCUGAGAGGUUGUCAUGGCCCUGUACCACAAGUUCUAGAGGCAGACUUCUUCUGUUCCAUGUUGCUAAAGAACUUGCUAAAAGAAUUGUACCACUUUAUACUUCCACCAAAACUCUGGACUCUCUGGGAAUCUGGGUCUGGGGGACCCAGAGGAACAUGCAUUAGAAAUCCUUCUGAGCAAGGAGAAAUCCUACGGGUUGCUCUGGCCGGACAGACAGUCUGUGUACCAAACUGCCGGCCCACGCCGCUUAAGGAUGGCAGUCUCGUCAUCCAACUUGCACCACGUGACCCCAGCACCCAAAGCCCCAGAAGAUUAAAAUAAGAUCAGAAGAAGCUGCCAGAAGCAUUUAGUGAGAGCUCUGCCCAAAGACGAGGUCUCAAGAACUCUGCAGCUGUGUCUCUUUGACCAGUGGGCACACAAUGGGCUGCUCCCCGCCAUCUCAAGACCUGGGCUUGGCACGGCCUCAGUGGUGCUGGCCAUGGCUCACACACGGGUAGACCCCCUCUCUCUCCCCGCCAGGCCCAGAGCUGACCCAGGGGUGUGGUUGGUGAGCCACUAGGCUGGUGGGCUGGUGUGUGGGAGGCAGGGGGGACUCUGGCACCCCCCAGCGGCCAGCCAGAGACCCUGGGCAAGACUCUCCCCUCUUUUUUCCAACACAAUGACUGUUCAUAUCCCAAAGAGCACAGUUUGGGAAACUGCCCACAGGAGCCGCCCUAGCAUCCUAAGGUGGCUGGUACACUGGUCUCCCCUCCCACAGCGGCCUAAUGCUCACCCUGGUGCCUCCCCAUGAGCUGGACCCUCCCCUCCCCAUGCCCACAGUCCCCCCGCUUCCCCGGAUACAGCGCCGACCUUCCACGUUGCAGUAUUCCCUUUACGUGACACACAGGCACGUGUGCACACAUGCAGCCCGCCCUCGCCCCCCCCCCCCCGCCCGCCUCCUUCCCCCGCCCACCACCUGGGGGCCUGGGAGCUCCUCCAGGGUAGGGCCCUUUAGCUUUGACUCUUGGGCUCCUGGACCAGAGCCUAGGCCAGACCUCUGCUCUGGGAUGUUUCCUGAAUGAAUGAACAAGGGAAUCACUGAAGGCCCCCUGAAGCUUAUAGGCCAGCGCCCUGGACAUGGGGAAGGGGUGUCAGUUAACCAUAAACAUGUAAAGAGCACCUACUACAUGCCACGUGUGAUUCGGUUGUGACUCUGAGGCUACCUGCCCCUCUCCCGCCCAGAGCCAUUUAAGAGCCAGAAACUGUCACCCGCCCCAGGAGCCAGUCUCCAAGAUGCCAGCUGGGCCCUGGGCCCCGGGGGUGGGGACAGCUGUCUAGGUACUACCCACUGGCAGCCUUCCAGGACCUACUCCCUGAGUGGCCAGGAGUCCAAACACCAGAGCAGAAGGUCUCAGACCCAAUUAGCAAUGUGAGAGGCCCCUGACCCAACUCAGGCUCCCAAUUCCCUCUCCAACAGUGGGUUCUGGGCCCUGGAGACAAAGCCAUGCCAGGAGCCAGAUGUGGGUCUGAGCCCAGACUGAAAAGCAGGAACUGCCACGGAGUCCCCAGGGAUGGGCAGCAGCAGGAAAACACAGGUUUCCCUCAUCCGCAGCCACUUUUGCCUGACAGCCAAAGGGAAGGACCUCUCCAAGGAGCGGUGGCGACAGGAGUUAGUGCCCCACCCGCAAGACUUGCUGGUUCCAGCCUCCUCCGAAAGCUUUGCCACCUCACCUGAGCCCCUCCCUCUUCCCGGCAUCACGGCGCCACGUCUCAUCCCUGUUUCAGGCUGGCACUUCCACAUGUCACCUUGGUUAACCUCCCCACACCCCAAAAGUCUUCGCGGUGCAGGUGUUUUGGCCUGUUCAGCCAUGAAGGAAGCAAGGCUCUAACACAGGUGGAAUGACCUACCUUGGAUCCAAAAUGUGCACCCACGCCCGCGUCCACCGCUCUCUCACCAGACACCCUGCCCUCCACCACGGCUCCCACGGUCCCCACGAAAGACUCGGGCUCAUGGCAGGCAAAGGCCAUCUUCGGGGAGAGAGGGGCAGUUGGUUCUCACAAUCUAUACAGCUUCCUUUCCAGAUAGGAAAAGUGUGGAAGGUGGCCCCAUCCCCGCAAGGUGUCCCCAUCCCCAUCUUCCCGCUACUAAGGAGCCCGAAGAGUGACACAGUAGAGUGAAGCCCUUAUCCUGCGUUCGGGCCUCCCCACCCAUGUGUGUGUGUUCACCCAGGGGCCCGGGAAGGACUUCUCAGGGUGUCUGGAGGCAGGGGUGAGGACAUGUGAAAUUGACACUGGUGAUUUUUUCAAAGAAGGAAUGAAUGAGUGUAUGAUAAGUACAGUGAGUACAGUGAGGUUGAUAAAGUGGUCAAACAGAUGGACUCACACAGAUAGAAAGGCAAAGGGCCUAACAAGCCCGAGAGCAAGAGAGAUGGAGCCAAGCCAGUAAGGUCCCCUGCUGCCUCCACAGCCCCCACAUCACCCCCUGACCCCUCCUGUUGUCUCAGUCCUCAUGCAGGUUCAAGACCCUCCACCACCUGGUGUCUGCCCACCCUGCCAGCCCCUUUUCUCGAAACCCCCACCCUAACCUCAAGCCCCUUGUGCCCAGUCCUCCCAGGGACACCUGCCGCCGCCUCCGUACUCAUGACUGAAAGCGCAGCUCCCGCCUCACCUCCCAAGGGAGCCUCCUCCGAGACCCCCUGAGCCAAGUAUACCCCCACCGCUGCCCUCCGGCAGAGCAAGUCCCCAGGGGUGUGAGAAAAACCCGAUCUCACAGCCACCUGUCCCCACAAGGCCAGUUCACCUGACAGGCAGAACUGGUGAUCAUGACUCAUUACAGCAGUGAUUCUGUCUUACUGUUUCACAGUAGAGACUCACAUACAGCGGCGUGGAAAGACCCAGUGUCCAGCAGGUUCUCUGUCUGUCUCCUCUUUCUCCUUGGGAAUGGUCCUAGCCGUUAGCCCAGGUCACACAGAGGAUAGCGCCAGCGCCGGUCCAGAGCUUCCCCUCCGUGGGUCUCACACUACGCUCGUUUCCCUCAAAGACCACCCUGACUUGCUUUGGAGUCUUGUUCUAUUGUUUUCACCUGUGCACAUGCGCAAGCGUGGUCUGGGGUCCCGGCCCCACACUACGGUGAUGGGGAGAUGGUGUGACCGGAUCCCAAGACGGGUUCUGUCCAGUCAUUCUGACAUGCUGUGAUAGGCCAGGCUGGGGACCACUGACCUUGACCAGGAAGGUUUCUGAAGGCAAGAAAAUUAUAUUCAUCCUCGAAUGCCUAAGGAAGACCCUUCACAGGAUGAAAAUGCGCAGAAUCUAUUUGCUGGCAGGUGAACGUGGUCUGUUGGUAGUAAUUGAGUAUGUACUGUGGUGCGAGGCAUGAGGCAAAGCCCUUUAUGAAUAAUUCCAUUCAGCUUUUCGAAAACCCCAUCAGGAGGGAUGUAGGAUCCCCAUUUUACAGCUAAGAAAUUGAGGUGCAGGGAGGUGUAAAAUGACUUUUGAGCUCAUCUGGCUGGGAAGUGGGGGAUGGUGCAAAGCGGGACAGACUGGCAUCGCUGGGCAGGCAGGACCUGGCCUCGUCCUGGGGCCUGUCCCCACUCAUCAGCCCAACCAGAGCCUCGUCAUCGGAGGAUGCCAGGGUGGCCGAGACAUUUACCAAGGAAAGAUCCUUUGUGCUGGAGUGAAAGGAUCCUUUAAAAAUGAUCACCAGCUCCCCUCGUUACCUCCGGAGACCAAGUCCUUGCUGAUUUUUUUUUUCCCCUUCUUUAUCUCAAGUACAUUUAAAUGUCAAUUAAAUUUGAAAUAUCUACAUUUGUCAGCAUUUCAUUUUGGGCCAGCGUGACGUGCUGCUGAUUUGUCCACACGAUGUGACACAUGAAAAAAACUCUCAAGAUGCAGAUCUUCCUCAUUAAAAAAUAAGCCCGUGCGAUCCCGGCGAGGCGGAGAGCCACAGAGCACGUCCCUGCUUCCUGAUGCCGUGUCUCUGACAUGGUAUUUAAAAAGGAACAGCCGCGCCUGUCACCACUGUCACACGCGCCCGCUAACCGGCGACACGUUAAACCAAACAUUAGAAAGGGUUCGGGAAGUCAUCUGCAUGGGAACUCCGAGCCGAGAUGAGGUGGGCAGAGGCGGGAGCAGCCGUGGGAGGCGAUGGGGUCUGAAUGGUGAUGGACAGCGGGCCUUUCUUUCUUGCCAAGACUCUGGCAGCCCUCGCCGGGUAGCCAAGUUCACCACGACCUGCCUUUUCACAGACAGCUCUUUGUGUGUAAGAAAAUCCAGGCGAGUGGUGGGUGGCAGACUGCAGGGUAGUCGCUGAAUUGGGUUAAUGAGGGAAGAGGUACACUUUUUUUUUUUUCCCCCUCAUAUUCUGCCUUAAGCUAAUAAAAAAUUUAAACCUGGACAUUUUCAACGAUUCGUCCUUUAUCUCUGACAAAUAUCUGGCUGUAUGUUUCCUAGGAGGACAUGAGCAGCCGAAUUUAAAUAAGUUUAUUUUGAAAUCUCACUUUUUAUUAAAAGUAGAAGGGGGAACGCCGUAGCCCUUCUUUCAUUGUUUCAGGUCCGCAGGACUGAAGAGGCAGGACCCCGAAGUGGUUUCGAGUCGGGCAGACCCAGAUUCCUGGCUCUGCCGAGAGCCGCUGUGUGACAGUGGGCCGGUGACUACGCCUCUCUGAGCUUUGGCUUUUCUGUCCGCAAAGGGAGGAUGUGACCAGGAAUUAAUGAGAAACUGUACAAACAGCAUUUAGCCUAACACUUGUAAGUACAGCCUGUCUCCCCACCGUCAUCCGUGUGGCCCGAAGCCUGAAAAAAACACCGAUCGGACCAAACCACCCCUGGCAAGGUUCUCUGUCACUCUGGAGAGAGAGAUGGUGUGUUAAGGAGACACCCCGGGCCUCUUACUGAAGCCACAACCCAACCCAACCCGCCUGGCCUGGCCAGGAAAGCUGACUGGUGAGGGAAAGUGGUUUGUGAGCUGGAAGCUGAGGUUCCCUCUUCUCCCUCUGGCCCCACCCCCCGGGCCCGCUUCGCCACCACACCGGUGUGGGAGGACACGGGAUUGGACAGGACCGUGAACUCCAGCAGCCUGGCUGGGUGAAGCCACGGUCCAGCCCAGCACAGAGGCUCUCUGCUCGCACGUGAAUCCAGACACUCCUGGCAGCUCGUGUGCGGAGCUGCGAUCUCGGCUUCCUCGUCAGAGCCAGAGGAGGGGAGCACGCUCGGACGGGUGCGCGUCCCCCUCACACACAUCUGCCACCAGCCUGGCUGACGGGGACGUACCCCAGCGCUCAGCCAGCACUGGGUCUGCUCCUAACAAGCGCUCCGGAAGUACAUCUCAGUUGGGUGUGCAGAUGGAUGGACGGAUGGACGGAUGGACAGAUGGACUAAAUGACAGGCUCGUCCUCCAUAAAAUCAGUGCAGCGAAGCCUUCCCGCUAGGCUGCUGGGAGGGGUGGAAGUCACCCAUGGGACGCCCCUCGAUGUUAACGUAAACCUUUUUCCGAGAUUCCCGCCUGCUCCUCUACCCCCAAAUGUGGUCCCAUUCUACCCUCUCAGCAUCUCAGAGGACAGAUGAGGACCCCAGGGGACACUUUUCUGCUGCGACCGCAAGUGGAUGGAAGGGACGGGUGCUGUUCUGGGGCUCCGGGAAGAUGGGGGUUGGGGUGGAGCCUGCCUUGUCUCCCCAGCGCACUGGCUUCCAUUCCUGAGAUCAGGAACCUCCAUUGCACAAACGUGCCACACGUGGGGGUCAAGAGAAGGACAAGCCAGGCCACUGCCCUUGAGGACCUCGACUCAGAAACGGAACUGCAGGAAGUUCAGGGAUACCGAUAAAGUGCCCCAACACGCAGCCAAAGGGAUGCGAACUCCAUCUGGGGGAGGAAUCCAGCUGGGAGUUCCAGGAAGGCUUUCGAGAACACCAAGUGAGCCGGGUCUUCAGACCGAAGAGCAGUCAGUGCCCCAGGCAGAGGCGACGGGAUUCUGUGGGGUGUGCAGGGGAGGGCAGGAGGAGGCAGCAGAAGUGGACAGGGCUGGGCAGACAGCACAGUGUCUACCCUGCAUGGAGCCUGGGCUUGGCCCUGCUUACCCGGAGCCCUCGCCCCUGCCCACCCAGCACAUUCCACAAUCUCCCCAGUGUGGAGCUUGAGGCCAGGGUACCUGUCUACCCCUCUAGCCCUCCUCACCUGCCCGGGAAAGCCACGCAGUGCUAGAAGUGAGUGCAUCCCCCUAACUUCUAAAUGAUUGAGUAAACCAUUCUGUAAAUGUCUGAACCUCAUUGUUCUGAACCCUUGAGUGAGUAACGGGUUUACUCACCACACAACCAAUGCCCUCGGCAUCGCUACUGGGGCCAUGCAUGUGCGGGCGUUAAGCUGGAGAGUGACAAGGUUGGGUCGGUGAUGCACAGCAGGGUUCCAGGGGCUGCAUGGAGUGGCCCUUUUUGCCACACCGUGUUUUAGGUCCCAGGGGAUGUGGCAGGAGCUGGGCGGCCUUGAUUCUGUGGGUCACAUCAUCCUGCCCUCUUUCCUGACACCAGAGGAAAACACGCGACCUAAGCCAAUGCUCUCUCUGGUCCAGGAAGGGCCGUUACCAUCCAGGGAGGUUGCCUGGGCAAGGACAGGAGUUUUGUGACCCGCCAUCUCCUUAUCCCUGUGCACAACCCUGGCCAAGCGGCUUCCCUUCUCUGAGCCUUGGUCUCCGCUUCAGUAUGAGGACAAAGCUCUUAGCCUGCCUGACGUGCAGGGAUAACACGAGGAGGGAGAGUCAAGGCGGGCACGGGCCGGGGAGCUCUGCGGCGCUGGGGGCCAGCCCUGGUUCUACUUACAGAAGAUGAGCGCAUCGCUGGAGACAACUGGCUUGGCACCUGACGGCAGGUCAUGGCACAGCCCACUCUCCGGGUCCCUCACCGCCCUCCAGCGUGGUUCCCAUUCACUUUUUUGCCAUGAGCUGCGUCAGAAAGCAGAGAAAGGACCUGCUCUGUCCAGGGAUGGGGGGAGAAGAGACUGCCCCCAGCUCGGACACCCCUACACUUCCCGCCCCACACUCUCCCAAACUUCCCCCCGCCCCUGGGGAUCCUUGGAGCCUGUCUGGCCAGCCGCACGUGCAGGCUGGAGCCGCGGCUGGGGGGUGGGGGGGCCCAGAUGGGACCCGAGCUUGCUGGGUCCGGCUCCCCUCUCGCAAGCCGUCCACUCGUGGGCCCGGGUCGGUGUAUAAUUCAUGACGGCCGCGUGGACUUUCUCGGGGCUGCGCGGUGUUUGUGUUUAUGGAGGUAGAGCUCACAGGUGGCUGACAAGGGAGAUGUAUUUUUUAUAACAAUGAAUAUUUAAUUUCCACAUCACAGAUGAAAAGACUCUCUGAAGAGGCGUGCGAGAGAGACUCAGGAGAGCAGCCGCUAAUCAGGAGGGGGCCCUCUAGCCCGAGCCCCUCCACGUGGCUCACUUUCUUCUGUAACUUUCUGUUUUUAUGUUUUCCUGCUUACUGAAGUUGAUACGCACAUUGUAGAAAGUGCAGAAGACACGGAAAAAUUAAAGGAGGCAGGGUGGGGGGAUGUCACCCUCGAGCCCCCUAGCUUUUGUCGACAGGUACAUACGACCCUUUCCAGUCUUUUUUCCCUGCCUUUUCUCAUAAGCAGGUGAGAGAGAAUGUAGUCUAAUCACAGUUCUGCAUCGUGGUGUGGAGAUUUUUCUCUUUUAUAAACAUUCUGGGUGAUGGGUGGUUCCUUUUUGGCCGAGGAUACUGGAAUUCACCAGCCUCCUAUUGCUGGAAAUGUAGGAUGUGCCGUGUUUGAAGAUGGUGAGCAAAAGCAGCAGUGCCCAUCUUUGUGCAUUGCUCUUUGCUACAUUUGGGGUUAUCUCAAUGGAAGGGGAGGGGGUGAGGUCAUAGGAGAGUGGAUCACAUGCUUGGCAAACACUCGGCUUCUUUCCUGUCUGGGACCAGCUUCCCCGCCUCGGGACCUGUCAGGCCUCCCGGGCCCUCCCCCCAGCCUUCUCCAGGGAGCCUCUACCUUAGGUUGGCAGAGGGAGCCCAGAGCCAGGCGCUGUGCCCAGAGGCCACCCCCUCCCACCCCGCCACGUGGCGUUCCGAGGGUACCUCCUAACCGCCUCUUCUCUCUUGUCUUCCUCUG